AAUACGCGUAUUGAGCAGGGAAGGUGACGGUAGCACAUCCUAAUAAAAAUUGCAUGUUUUUCGCGGGAGAGAAGUUUUUUUUAGCAGACCUUUGAAAAUCGUUUUGAUUGAAUGAUAAACUCCUUCUGCAAUGUCAAAGAUCAAGUCAAGGGAAACGUUGUCUUCGAGUGAGUCUGGCAGUGACGAGGAGUAUCAGCCCAAGAAGAAGAAGAUGAAGGAGAAGAAUGUUGAGGAAGAGCCCAAACGGAAGUCACCGAAGAAGAAGGCAAAAACGGGUGAUGGGCCAGAGGACCAUAUGUACCCGCUUUCCAGACAGAGAUUUGUCAAUGUAAGGGAGUUCCGGGGCAAAGUGCUGAUUGACAUAAGAGAGUACUACACAGACAACUCGGGGGAGCUCAAGCCUGGAAAGAAAGGCAUCAGCUUAACUGUUGAACAAUGGGAAAAACUGAAAGAUUGUGUUGAUGAUAUCACCGACAGUGUCAAAGAACUAAGUUAGGGUUUGUUUUGGCCAUUUUUGUCAUGUUUGAUAUUUGUUUUGUAGUGUUGAAGAUACGUACCCAAACACUGAAACGCAUAGCUGUCUUUAGUGGUCUUCACUAGGGCCUGACCCGAAUAUACCGAAUACUCAAAUAUUCGAUCAUAAAUCUAAUAGCUUUUUGCCGGUUUUGAAUAUUCGAAAACUAAAAAAAACUACACAUUAAACUACGGUUAAUUAUUUACACCCUUUUAGCAGGCUAAAGCCCUUUAUACUGCAAAUUUACUCAAGGGCCACAUAUGGAUCGCCACAAGCAAAUUUUAACUAGCGCACUGGUCGUGCAACUUUUUACUGGGUGCAGCUCGCUGUUGCAGCUGCCAUUUCGAAUAUCCGAAUAUUUAGUAAUCGAAUACUAAAUAAUUCGCAAAUAGACAACCCUAGUCUUCACAACGCAUACUAUAAUAUGCAGUAUCAUUGAUGCUGUGAUGCCAAGUUUAAAUAACAUUAAGAGCAAUUUCACACAAACUGGUGCUGUGUUUGUUUUUUUACGUCUGUGAUGCAGUGAAGUGCUUCUUUAAGAAAGCAUUAGAGCUGAAAUCUGUGAACUUUAUGAACUUCAAGCCCUCUAAUAAAAUGUAUUUCACUACGAUGUGAAAUUAGCCGUAAUCUAAAUCAAAGGUCUAGAGAAUUGAAAUUGAGAGUGUGUACACCUACACUUUCAUGCGAGACCCCCUCUCUGACCGCUAGAAAAGAUGUUUGCAACAAAUGCUAAACAGGACUCCACUCUGAGAUAAGGUACUUGGUUUAUCGUACUUUGGGUUAAUGGAUUUAUCUUUGGAAUCUGAUCAAGACCAAAGAAACAUCUUGAGACAUUUUGCGCUAUGUAGUUUCAAAAGCUUGCCGCCAGCAGAUGUCUUAUGUCAUAUACAGAACAUGAAAAUACCACAUGAUAUUUGUCAAUUUAUUUUUUUUUAUCGUUAAGAAAGCAGUUUGCUGAAUGUGCCACUGUGUAAUAGCUAAAAAAUUUAAAGAAUUUAAAGUUGUUUUGGAAAGGAUUGGAGUAAAACGUCCAAAAGUACAUAUUAAAGUGAACUUUUUUAGAAAUCUGAA